AUGUAUUCGUGCGCCAAUUAUCCUCGCGGUUGCCGUGGCCGCGUUAAUAUCCAAGGAGGAAAAUGCGCCGAUUGUGUGCAACUGAAACUCCGUCGACCAUCUACGUCCCCCUUUGCCCAGCCACGAGAUUACCGCAGAGCGUUGCCUUCGGAGAUCUUGAAUGACUCCCCUUACAGGGCGAUUGCUCGGGAACUGCUGUAA